AUGUCCGGACAAUCAAGCGUCGGCAACCGCGCCAUCUACGAGGCCGGCGACCAGCGCAACGAGGCCCGCGCCAACAUCAGCGACCGCAGCCCCUACACCGAAGGCCAGAAGCACAGCCACAAGAACCUUGACUCGAAGGACGAACGCUCCAUCGCCAACAAGCUCGCCUCCCAAGAACGCAAGCCUGAAAGCGACCACCACCACAACUUCGUCAAGAACCCCGAGGCAGAGAUGAGCAAGCAGGACCCGACUAAGCCGGCGAAGAUGCACGGCCAUGAGCCCUCCAAGGGAGCCAAGAUCGAUGCCGACCUGCAGGCUGAGGAUGAGCAACGCCUGAGGGAGAAGGGGAUCAAGAAAUAA